AUAAACAGAGAAAAAAAAAAAUUAUCACUGUAAAAGUGAACUGGAUAAUUAAAAAAAAAUUAAAAAACAUGAACAAAAAUAAAUUUCGUCAAUUAAAAUAUUAAUUUUUUGGCUUAAUUUCAUGACAAUUAAUUAUGCUUUACAAAAAAUUCUACAGAUAAGUUUUUUAAAUUUAUCUUGAAGAGAAUUUUAAAAAUAAUAAUGAAAAAUAUUAUUUUGAAAAAUAAAAAAAUUAAAUUAAAUUAAAAGUGAAUUUAAUAAUUCAAAGACAAUGAUGGACAACACUUUGAAAGAGACACUUGACCUGGAAAUAAUAUUCAAAAGUAUAUAAGAAAAAGUUGUAAUAAAAAAAGAAAAAAAAUAUAUAAAUAAAUAUAUGCGAAUACAAAAAAAUAUUGAAUAAAAGCUUGAAUAAUAGUCAAGAAAAAAUAAAAUGAAUUCUUCGUAUUUAUUGGGUGAGGAUGAUGAAUGGGGUGCUAGAUAUUAUUUUACAUAUUACAGUCAAUUUGGUGAUGAUCACAAUGCUCGUAGUAUUGAGGUCAUUAUAUUAGCAAUAACAUUUGUAUUUGCUGUUGGUGCAAAUGUCAGUAUUGGUGCUUGUGUAUUACGAUUUAAAGAAAUGCGUACAUCAACAAAUUUAUGCUUGGUUAAUUUAGCAGCUGCUGAUUUACUAUUUUGCCUUGGUAUACCAGCAGUUGCUUACACAAGAAUAACACAAUCUUGGUUGCUUGGUGAUACACUUUGUCGAUUGCUUCCCUAUUCUCAGUUUGUUUGUGGCUUUGUAUUACUAUGGACACUGACACUGAUAUCAAUGGACCGACACAGAUGUUUAGCAAUAGCACCAUACAGAAGUACCUUAACAGCAUCAAGAGUUCUACGAGCAAGUAUCAUAACAUGGUGUAUUGGAUCAAUUUUAUUUUUACCAGCUGCAUUUUGGUUUCGUCUUAAGACAUCUGGAAAACAUACAAUAUGUACAUUAGUAUUUCCAAGAAAUGAAAUAUUUAAUAUAUCACUUUGUUUCAUAAUUCCAAUAGUAAUUGUUGCAUGUAUACUUCCCAUGUGCCUUCUUGUAUAUCAUUAUCAGCAAAUAUUCCAAAGGAUACUUGAUACGAGAAGUCGAUGGGCAGUAUCUUGUGUCACUCAGGCACAAUAUGGAUCAAGUGGACGUCGUGACUCGGAAUUAUCAGUUGUUGGAACAUUAGUACCAUGGGCAAGUAGAAAAUCAUCAUCAGCAUCAACAACUGGACGUCAAGGACGUGCUGGUAGUUUAUCACAACAUGAAGAAAUACGUUUACAUAAACAUUUACGUGUUGUUAGAAUUUUAUUAUUAAAUGUUAUUGCUGUACUUGCAAUGUGGACACCAAUAAGUGUAUUAUUAAUAUUAAUUUAUCUUGAUGGUAGAAGACCAAUUGAAGAUACUAAUUUUUUUUUAAAAUCACAUCAUUUUAUUUGGUCAUUUAUUAUUGCUCAAUUAAAUACAGUUAUAAAUCCAUUAUUAUAUGGUGUAUUUUCGGAAAAUUUUAGAGCUUGUUUUAGUAAAUUUUGGAGUAAAACUUUAUCAACUGGUGGUGCAAGUGGUGAGAGGGGUAGUGGUGGUGCUACUGGAGUUUAUGGAAAUAAUCGUAAAUCUUCAAAAUCACUUGAAGUACUUCAGGAUCGAUUGGGAACAAAUAAAAAUUCUAGUUUUAAACAUAAUAAACAACCAAAAAAAAGUUCCAGUUGUAGUAUUGGAAGUAUCAUUGAAAUUCCAAGCUCAGAAAAAUUAUAAAAAUAAUAAUUUUUUCUUUAUUAUUAUGGGUAGAAAAAAAGUGAUUUAUUUAUUUUUUUUUUUUAACGAGUCUCUCUGUUAUAAUUUAUGUGUAUAUAAUUAUUGUAUAUUUUUUUUUUUUUUUUGCUCUAUAUAUGUGAUUUUUUGAUAAAAUAAAGUCUGAAUUAAUUAGUAUAUAUUAAUUAGAAUGAUAAAAUGUACCAGAUAUUUUAUAAAAAAAAAAAAUUGAAAAACAGAAAAAAAAAAAAAA